AUGGCAUUAUUUCAAAGAGCAUGGGAGUUCAUCAAAGCAGACAUUAUGGGAGCUCUGAAUUACUUUCAUCAGCAUUGCUACAUGGUCAGGUCUAGUAAUGCUUCAUUUAUUGCAUUGAUCCCUAAAAAGAAAGACAGUCAUGGGGAGUUUAGUAUCAGGAGAGCAAAAAGCAUUCCUAAAGAACAGACAAAUCGUAGAUGCAUCAUAGUAGCAAAUGAGUUGCUAGAUAGGAGGUUAAAGAGUAGAAUUACUGGCAUUUUAUGCAAGCUCGAUGUAGAGAAAGCUUUUGACAAAGUUAACUGGUCUUAUUUACUAGAAAUGCUGAAGGAUAUGGGUUUUGGUGACAAAUUGAUCAAAUGGAUUAGAUCCAGUCUCACUACAGUUAAAUACUUUAUCUUAGUGAACAUGACUCCAGUUGGAUUUUUCUCUCCACAGAAGGGGAUAAGACAACGAGAUCCACUCUCUCAUUUUCUUUUCAUCUUAGCCAUAGAAGGAUUAAGUAAAAUAUUAGACAAAGCCAAGCAAAUGCAGUGGAUUGAAGGAUUUAGGGUGGGCAGCAGUGUAGCUAACUCAGUCACAAUAUCACACUUGCUUUAUGCUGAUGACACAUUAAUUUUCUGUGGGGCAGACAAAAUGCAGGUGUAA